UACCACGAAUCCUCCGACGAAGACUUCAAUCCCGCCGCCGCCGAGAACGCCCCAAGCGAUGACGACGACGCCAGCACCUCCGACGACAACGAAGAAGAAGCGGGAAAGAACAAUGCGGCGGCGGUGAAGAAGACGCAGCGCGGAAAGAAGCGCAAAGCAGCGCCGUUUGCGGAGGAGGAAUUCGCUUCGGGGGAUGAAGUGACGAUCCAGGCGGCGGCGGCGGCGAGGAAGAGGCGGAAGAACGCGGCUAAAGGGAAGUCGAAGGGGAAAGGGAAAGGGGAGGAAGCGGAUGGGGAUGAGGAUGAGGAUGAGGACUUAUUAUCCUUCUCCGAAGAUGAUGAAGGGGGUGAAGGCGGAUUGAUCAAGACGAGGGCGCAGAGGAGAGUGGAGAGGAAGGAGAGGAGGCCUCUAGCUGGAAUUGAGGGCGCGACCAUCGACGUCGAUGCCUUGUGGGCGCAGAUGAGUGCCGCGCCGCUGCGGCCAGCGCCAUCGUAUCGAGACCGGGAUAAGGAGAACGUCGGUGUUGCGGGGGACAAGAUGGUCGGUGUGGUGGAGACGGCGCAGGUGGAUGGUGAGACGGAGCUCGUCUCUAUACGGAAGGUCUACACGUUUGCGGGGCAGCGCACGACGGAGGAGAAACAGGUUCCUAGGAGCUCGUUGCAGCAGUAUCUCUCGGAUGGGUGGAAGGAGGCAGAACCGUCUGCUCAGGAAGCUGCGGCGGUAGAUGGGGAGCCAAUGGACGAAGACGAGGCCGCGCAGGUUGCGGAAGAUGGUCCAAAGGUCCGGCGCCCUCUUCGUCGUCCUUCCCGAUACGAUCCCAAUCCGACCGGCUACGUGCGUGCUCUCCCGCCCGAACACCAACUCACCUGGCCGCGCAAGGCCAUGGCUACAACCACAACUCCCGAGACUCAUGAACCAACGCCUGUGGCGGAGUCCGUGAGAGCGACCGCCCGGCCAGAGAAGGCGCAGAAGCUCAAUGUGGUGGACAAGUCCCGGCUGGAUUGGACCGGCUUCGUGGACAAGGAGGGGAUCGCCGAGGAGCUGGAUGCCCAUGGGAAGACAAAGGGGGCAUACCUGGGGAGGAUGGAGUUUUUGGCGAGUGUGGAGGCCAAGAGGGAGGAGGAGAGGAGGAGGUUGAAGGCGGCUGCUGCUUCGUAG